UACGAGCAGAACUCCACAUAAUAUAGGUUGAGUUUAUUCUAUUGAAAUCAGCACUAUAGCAACAUAAAGGAAUUAAUUGUUUCGCCAGUGAACCAUGCUUAAUUUAUCGCAUUUGAGUGUUCAUAAUGGCGGUGAUAGUGGAAGAAUUGCCGUACAGCAAAGUAGUGAUACUGAAUUGGAAGUUAUUGUUGAUGUGCAACAAUAUUACACAGAGUGGGAAUAUAAACUGAAGCAGAUUUAUUAUCAUGAACGUAUUGCUUUGGUUAUUAUUUUUUAUGCUGUUACAACCAUUGCCAUUAUUGGAAAUAUACUGACACUUUACGUUGUCAUCACGAGAAAACAACGCUUAUUGUUUAAAACAUGUCUGUUGUCAUUGGCAUUAAGUGAUUUGAUAUAUGCAACAACGUGCGGAGCAAAUUACAUUUCUAAAUUGCAUCAUGAAAUGUCUGCAUUGUGGUACUUAGGUGAAUUUCUAUGCAGCUUCCUCCCGUUUUUCCAAACAACAUCACUUUUAAGCGGCAGCAUGUCAUUAGUGUCUAUUGCAGUCGACCGAUACAUGGCGAUAUUUGUAAAACGCAAAGGACAAUGGCAACCGGGAUUUAAAUUUUGCGCAAUUGGAUUUACAUUUGUAUGGUCAAUCAGUGCUGCAUUAAGUAGUCCAAUGCUAUUCAGCUAUUCACUAUUUGAUGUCUAUGUUGUGCCAGAUAUUCAAGAGAAUUUUUAUUUGGCACAUUACUGCAUUGUUGACAGUAAGGAUGAAUCACGCUAUUACUACAGCGUACUAUUCAUCUUCGUAUUCUUGCCAAUGCUUGUCGCAUUUAUCGCAUUCAAUGCAAUAAUUGCGAGAGAAAUUUGGAAAAAGCGGAAGACGCCAGGAAGUAGAUGCAUUAAGCCUACUAGAAACUAUGAAGAUUCAUCGUCGUCAACAACGGAAGUGAAAAAUUCGAGCAACACAAAUUCCACAGGCCUACGAAAUAAUAGCGGUCGGAGUAAGGACACAUCUACAGAUUCUAAAUCUGGCACGGUUACAAUCUCACAGCAGCAGCCACAAAUUUUUAGCACACAAAUCCAACAACAGCAGCCACAUUCACAUCAGCACCAAAUGCACAACAAUGAUCGCCGUAAUGAACGACAACGUCGACAGAUGCGAAUGUUUAAAGUCAUUCUAGCACUCAUGUGUGUAUUUAUCGUUCUACGAUUGCCAAAUUGGAUAUUUUUGCUAUACAAAUUGUACAAUUUUGUUCCAACGGAAAGAGCAAUUUGGUUGCUCAAUUACGCAUUUUGUAUUAGUGGAAUUAUGAAUUCUAUGGCAAAUCCCUUCUUAUACACAUUUCUCAGCGAGACGAUUCUCUUCACAUCGUAUAUACGCAUUACAUGCUAUAAAUUUUGCAAAUUUUGUCGUCCAAAAGUGGCUCAGUCGAAUUAUGCAAAUAAUGCGGCUAUGUUUGCAAAAGAUGAGGACUUGAAUAAGCCGAAAAUUGAUAAUGGAGGCGUUUACGUAGGAAACUGAAAAUUAAAUGAGUUCAUCUGUAAUAAAUUUGUCAGGAUGUUCAUAAUAAAUAAAAUGUCUUUUAGACUUGAAAUUAAAGGA